GGGAUUCCCUGCGCAGCCAACACCACAAAAAGAAGAAAACCAGCUCACACACUAAAAGAAGCUCCCGGCUACACAGAACCUGCCAGGCACACACGGAUUCUCAGCUCCGAGGCUGGGGUCUCCGCCUGACCUGGGCCGAAUGCUCUUCCACCGCUGCAGGGAGCACUUUCUCCAACUGGAAGGGCGGGUGCCCAGCGAGACCUAGAGCCAACGAUGGGAGGGAGCUGCGCGCAGAGGCGCGGGGCCGGCCCGCGGCAGGUACCAUUUCCCUUGCUGCUGCUUUUGUUCUGCCCCGCGCUCUGCGAGCCCAUCCGCUACUCCAUUCCCGAGGAGCUGGCCAAGGGCUCGGUGGUGGGGAAGCUCGCCCGGGAUCUAGGGCUCAGCGUCCUGGAUGUGUCUGCCCGGAAGCUGCGGGUUAGCGCGGAGAAGCUGCACUUCAGCGUAGACGCGGAGAGCGGGGACUUGCUUGUGAAGGACCGAAUAGACCGGGAGCAGAUCUGCAAAGAGCGGAGGAGCUGUGAGUUGCAACUGGAAGCUGUGGUGGAAAAUCCUCUGAAUAUUUUUCACGUCGUUGUGGUGAUUGAGGAUGUGAAUGACCACGCCCCUCAAUUCCGCAGAGAUGAAAUAAACUUAGAAAUCAGUGAAUCCAUCAGCCCGGGGAUGGGAACAAUCCUUGAGUCUGCAGAAGAUCCUGAUAUUGGUAUGAAUUCACUGAGCAAAUACCAAUUAAGUCCUAACGAAUAUUUCUCACUUGUGGUGAAAGACAAUCCCGACGGUGGCAAGUAUCCAGAAUUAGGAUUGCAGAAGGCUCUGGACCGAGAAACGCAGAGCGCUCACCACCUGGUACUGACAGCCCUAGACGGUGGGGACCCUCCCCGAAGCGGUACCGCUCAGAUAAGGAUCCUGGUGGUCGAUGCCAAUGACAACGCCCCAGUGUUCGGCCAGGACGUGUACAGGGUCAGCCUUCGGGAAGAUGCGCCUCCAGGCACCUCCGUCCUGAGAGUGAAGGCCACCGACCGGGAUGAGGGCGUCAACUCGGAGGUCACCUACUCCUUCCUUGGUGUUCCUGACAAAACUCAGCACGUGUUCUCUCUGGAUUCCACUACAGGAAACAUUGUAACUCGUGAGUCUUUGGAUUUUGAAGAAAUAGAAAGAUAUGCCAUGAACGUAGAAGCAAAGGACCGAGGAUCUCUCUCUGCCCAGUGUAAAGUAAUUAUAGAAAUUCUAGACGAAAACGACAACAGCCCAGAAAUAAUCAUCACUUCUCUGUCUGACCAGAUUAUGGAGGAUUCCUCCCCCGGAAUGGUUGUUGCCCUCUUCAAAACACGGGACCGAGAUUCUGGGGAAAAUGGAGAUGUCAGGUGUAGUUUAAGUCGAGAUGUUCCAUUUAAGAUUUAUUCUUCUUCUAAUAAUUACUACAAACUAGUAACAGACGGGGUCCUGGACCGGGAGCAGACCCCGGAGUACAACGUCACCAUCACAGCCACCGACAGGGGCAAGCCGCCCCUCUCCUCCAGCAAAACCAUCACCCUGCACAUCACCGACGUCAAUGACAACGCGCCGGUUUUCGGACAGUCUGCCUACCUGGUCCACGUGCCAGAAAACAACCCACCCGGCGCCUCCAUCGCGCAGGUCAGCGCCUCGGACCCGGACUUGGGGCCCAACGGCCUUGUCUCCUACUCGAUCGUGGCCAGCGACCUGGAGCCCGGGUCGCUGUCGUCCUACGUGUCGGUGAGCGCGCAGAGCGGCGUGGUGUUCGCGCAGCGCGCCUUCGACCACGAGCAGCUGCGCGCCUUCGAGCUGACGCUGCAGGCCCGCGACCAGGGCUCGCCCGCGCUGGGCGCCCACGUGAGCCUGCGCGUGCUGGUGGGCGACCGCAACGACAACGCGCCGCGGGUGCUGUACCCCGCGCUGGGGCCCGACGGCUCCGCGCUCUUCGACACGGUGCCGCGCGCCGCGGAGCCCGGCUACCUGGUCACCAAGGUGGUGGCGGUGGACGCCGACUCGGGACACAACGCCUGGCUGUCCUACCACGUGCUGCAGGCCAGCGAGCCCGGGCUCUUCAGCCUGGGGCUGCGCACGGGCGAGGUGCGCACGGCGCGCGCUUUGGGCGACAGGGACGCGGCCCGUCAGCGCCUGCUGGUCGCGGUGCGUGACGGAGGACAGCCGCCCCUCUCGGCCACCGCCACGCUGCACCUGGUCUUCGCAGACAGUCUGCAAGAGGUCCUGCCGGACCUCGGUGAUGGUCCUGUGCCCUCUGACUCCCAGGCGGAGCUGCAGUUUUACCUGGUGGUGGCCUUGGCCUUGGUCUCUGUGCUCUUCCUCCUCGCUGUGAUUCUGGCCAUCGCCCUGCGCCUGCGACGCUCCUCCAGCCCCUCUGCCUGGGACUGCUUUCAGCCUGGUCUCUGUUCUAAGACUAGACCAGGGGUUUCUCUCAACUACAGUGAAGGAACUUUGCCUUAUUCCUACAAUCUGUAUGUUGCCAAUUCUCAGAAAACAAAGUUUAAUUUUCUCACCAUGACUCCAGAAAUGGUCCCCCCACAAGAUCUUUCUAAUGAAGCUUCUUUGGUAGUAAGUUUCACUGAAGAGAAAAACAAGACAAGCUCUGACUCUGUUGCUCCUACUCACGACUCUGAGCGCCGCUGUUCACCAAUCAGGGAGAGAAGAGCAGAGAUCCUGCUCGCCUUGCAAGCGCCUAGAGCACAAAGCAGACAGCUGGAAACGCACCAUCUCUGGGACUGUGAGGAAACUGAACGGAGGGGCUCUGGUUCCCGAACUGUCCGAGCCUGGGGGCUGAAGAACUGA